ACUACUCUCGCGAGAGUUAAUUCGCGGGUGUAAAUUACCCGGGAAAACUCAAGCUCGCCAGUGGAUCCACCGGAACAAAACAACACAGCUCUGUCAGAUACUCUUAUUUACCACAACAUGCCUUUCACCUCAGAAAUACACUUAUCAAAGGGCUUUGAGACAGGGGAACAGCCCCAGCCGCUGGUGCAGGACAAGAAGAAGAGCUUUGGUGUUUUCUGUGAUGAACGCGGGUAUCUGGAUCAGAUCGAGUACAUCAUGCAGCACGGCCGAACUAAAGGAGACAGAACAGGGACAGGAGUCGUGUCUGUGUUCGGGGCUCAGGCCAGAUACAGCCUGCGAGAUCAGUUUCCCUUGCUUACCACCAAGAGAGUGUUUUGGAAAGGGAUCCUUGAAGAACUGCUUUGGUUCAUUAAGGGAUCAACAAAUGAGGAGCUGUCUGAGAAAGGGGUCAAGAUUUGGGAAGCCAACGGGUCGAGGGCCUUCCUGGAUAAACUCGGGUUCACAGAGCGAGAGGAGGGCGACCUGGGACCGGUGUAUGGUUUCCAGUGGAGACACUUUGGUGCAGAGUACACAAACAUGCAUGCAGAUUACACCGAACAGGGUGUUGACCAGCUGCAGAAGGUCAUUGACACCAUCAACACCAAUCCAGAGGACAGACGCAUCAUCAUGUGUGCGUGGAACCCCAAAGACCUGCCCCACAUGGCUCUGCCUCCCUGCCACGCCCUGUGUCAGUUCUACGUGAUUGACGGUGAGCUGUCCUGUCAGCUCUACCAGCGCUCAGGUGACAUGGGCCUCGGUGUGCCUUUUAAUAUCGCCAGCUACGCACUUCUGACCUACAUGAUCGCACAUAUCACAGGACUCAAGCCUGGGGACUUUGUUCACACGCUGGGAGACGCUCACAUCUACAACAACCACAUUGAACCUCUUAAAGUACAGCUUCAGAGGGAAAUCCGUCCCUUCCCCAAGCUGAAGAUCCUGAGAAAAGUGGAGAGCAUCGAUGAUUUCCGUGCAGAAGACUUUGAGAUCUGUGACUACAACCCUCAUCCCACCAUUAAGAUGCCGAUGGCUGUGUAAAAAUGACAGUUUAAUAGUGACCAGGGAUUAUUAUGUGUGUGCCUUAGAAGGUCUAUCAUCACAUUGCAUUUUACGUACCGUAUAGUGCGUGUCAUUCAGUCUCAUGCUACACAUUAAUUUCACUCCACUACAAAAAGAGUUUGGUGUUUAUUUUUUCAGAUUAGUGGAAAAUUAAGUUCUUAUGAAAUGUGUUUUUUUUGUGCCAUUUUCCCUUUUUAUAAAUGUUAUUAAUAUCUAGUUGUAAAUAAAGAAAGAACAUGUAUGAGCUAUUUCUACAGCAUUGUUAUUGCCCAACAGGAGCCUAGCACAAUUUAUGAUCUGAAUGUUUGUUACAUUUCUACUCUAUUCUACUAUAUUUUCAAGCAACUUAACCUAAUUAUUAAAUGUCUCAGAUGAAGACCUUAUUGGUUUUUAAACUGCUUCCAUACAUCUCCUUCAGGGUACCGGUGUCUCUGCACUGAUGAUUC